CCCCGCGAACAAGCAGUGGAAUUCAAAAUUUCAAAACAAACUCAGGAUUGUUGUUCUGCGAUGAAACUGCCAGUCGGCUGUUAAAAACUUAAACAAGUAACAUGGACGCGGAUGAAAAGCACGGCUGUAAAUCAGUGGAGGUUCCCAAAGCGCCUUCCAUCGAGGACUUUAUCAUUUUGAAGCCCAUCAGUCGAGGAGCUUUUGGGAAGGUGUACCUGGCACGGAAGAAAUGCAAUGCGCGAUUAUAUGCAAUUAAGGUGAUGAAAAAAGCCGACAUGGUUGAUAAAAACAUGACGGGCCAAAUGAAAGCAGAAAGAGAUGCACUGGCUUUAAGCAAAAGUCCCUUCAUUGUUCACCUCUUCUACUCCCUGCAGACAUCCACCAAGAUCUACCUGGUUAUGGAGUAUCUCAUCGGUGGGGACGUCAAAUCUCUGCUUCACAUUUAUGGAUAUUUUGACCAGGAUAUGUCUGUGAAAUACAUUUCAGAGGUGGCUCUUGCUUUGGAUUACCUUCAUCGUCAUGGUAUAAUUCACAGGGACUUGAAGCCAGACAACAUGCUUUUAUCCAACGAAGGACACAUAAAGCUUACAGACUUUGGACUCUCUAAAGUCAAGCUUGACAGAGAGCUGAGUCUUACAGAUAUCCUCACGACUCCAUCCUUGGCUAAACCAAAAAAAGAUUACUUCCGCACCCCGGGUCAAGUCCUCUCCUUGAUCACCUCCCUUGGAUUUAAUACGCCUGCAGGAGAAGGCAAGCGUCACUGCAGUGCAUCUGCUGUGUCAAGUCCCAUGUCUUGUGACAAAAUCAAGCCGAAAAGCAACUCCUUUGGUUCUCCGUUAAUGAGGACAAAAGAUCAGCUGUCCUCUCCAACUCGCUACCCUUGGAAACGGGCAUGUAACAGCAUUGUGUUUAAUUCUCAAAACCUGACUAAAAACCUGACUCCUACUCUAAUGAAGACAAGAAGGAGGUUUGAGACUAUGAGUGCAGGAAGCACCACGGACACCGAGGGUGGAAUCAGUCCACUGUGGGAGUGUGAAGAGAAGGAAAAUGAAAAGAAGGCGAGGCAUCAUUCUGAGUCCAAAAGGGUGGAACAAACCUCUGCAUCCACCAGACCAGCCAUGUCUGUCACCGGCAAUCUGUCCAAUAAGACCAACACAGGCCAUCUUGAAGAAAAGAAGCCCCACAACACCAACCAGGAUCAUUUAUUCCCAUCAGCACUUUCCGUAAAGAGAACAUUUUCUGAUGUUGAGAAAAGUCCUGAGCCGUUGGAGAUCCAAGCUAAAAAGAGUAAUUCAAAUUAUCAGAGAUGCUUUGAGAUUCCACAGGACGCUGCACGGCUGCACAGUGGCCUAACCGGAACAUUUUCCACCAUCCAAAUCGAUGAGUUCGUAGCUUCCACGAGGGUCGAGCAAGCCGGAGACUGGGUUCCCAAACGCUCCAGUCCCAUCAAUGUGGCAAAAAGUCUCUUUUGUGACCUGGAGGAGCCGCCAGAGGACGUGUUUGAAGACGGAGCCAAAGACUUGUCCCACUCGAGUUUCACAUCCCCGCUUACUGGGAACAGUGACGUCUGCAGGAGCCUGAGCCUCGACUCUGAUAGCUCCAUGCAUGAAACGUCUCUUACCGUUGACAGCCACGCAUCUCUAAUGCCACACAAGGGUUCAGCCAACCAGACUUCAGCGUCAUUUGAGGAGCGAGAUGAAAACACGGACUCUUCCAUCAUUGAUUCACUCUACCAUGCUACAUCUUCUGUUGCUCUUGGAACACCGAAACUGGUUAACCUGGGUCAGAGAGGUGAAUCUCAGCGUGCCUUUCUUAACCGGCUCCCUCCUGAUCUGUCCGGUGCGGCCCAGUGUCCCUCGUUUCUCAAACCACGAAAUGUUGUGGCUUUCCGCAGCUACUGUAGCUCUAUUAACCGCUCCAACAUGUCCCGACUUAGCAUGGGUUCUUUCGACGCUAUGGAUGUGUCCACCACGGCUUCUUAUCACUCUGCAUCUGGGAAUGCAACGCCAGUGCAGAGGAGACCAAACUCCAGCAGCUCUCUAUUUCAGACUCCUCAGCCCAUGUCGACCUCUCACACCCCGUUCAGGACCCCAAAGAGUGUGAGAAGGGGUGCACUGCCUGUUGAGGGUGCAACCAUUCUGGGAACCCCUGACUAUUUGGCCCCAGAGCUUCUUUUGAGGAAACCACACGAAAGUUAUCAGUGUGACUACAUGGUGGAUUGGUGGGCGCUGGGUGUGUGCCUUUUCGAGUUCCUCACCGGUGUGCCGCCUUUCAACGACGAGACGCCUCACCUGGUCUUCCAGAAUAUUCUCAACAGAGAUAUCCCCUGGCCCGAGGAGGACGAGGAACUGUCUGCUAAUGCAAGAAAUGCCAUUGAGAUCCUCCUGACUAUGGACAUGACCAAACGAGCGGGACUUAAGGAGCUCAAGUGUCACCCGCUGUUCGAAGGCUUGGACUGGGACAACCUGCAGAACCUGCCGAUGGCUUUCAUACCUCAGCCAGAGGACGAAACCGACACCUCGUACUUUGAUGCGAGAAACAACGCUCAGCACAUCGCCGUGUCUGGCUUUAGUCUGUAGAGCUGCGAGCAUCAGCAGUUUUAUCGGAAAAGCACUUGUCAACAACACAUUUUUGGUAAAAAUUAGAAUAUCAUACUUGUUGAUAAAUCUUCCAAAUCAGAUCUUUAACACAACUUAAAAUGUGUGGAGUCUGUGGAUUCGUAUCGAUUUUCUCUUCAGUGUUGUAACAGUUUUAAAAAAAAUGUUUUACCUGUUGUGCAAUCACGUGUCAUAAGAGCCAGAAUGAAGCUGAAUCUGUUGACCGAUUUGUUACAGUAGUUAGGUUUGCAGUACAUCUUUUAAAUCGGACUACUACCGUAUUAUAAGUCUCUUACUCUACGUCCUUAGCCAGGUCGUUUCUACCACUGCUGCUUUAGCUCAUAAUAGGUUUGAUUUCUGUGUUGUUAUGGUGUUAUACUGGUUAAAGACUAAAUAAAUAUGUUCUAUGUUCAUGUACAUGUGGCACUCUUAAGGACUACAAUACUGCUGAACUAAAACAUGCUAAUAUAUUCAUUCAUGUAUUUUAUAUGUAAGUCUUGUUCGUAAUAUUUUGUGUCAUUGUUUUAAGACAACAGUAGGUACUUGGUAUUGAAACUGGUCUGGGUUUGGAUGCUUUUAUGUCAUUUCUAUUUGUAACUUCGAUGUCUAUUUUCCACACUACUAGUUUUUUUUUUUUAAAGAUAAGUGCUCCUCACUGCUUGUGUGAUUUUUAUCUUGUUUAUUCUAAGAAAAAAGUGAAAAACAAAUAAAAAUCAGUUUGUAACCUGA